AUGCCUGAGCGUCGAUCGCUCGGAUUUGAUGAAUCCGCUAAGCCGCUUCGCACUCUUCAACGUUCUCUUUUUCAGACAGUCGCUCAGUGUGUUAGGGGACCUCAGGCUAACGGCAGCAGCUCUAUCACGCCCCAGCCGCCGGCCACGGAUCCAGAGGAGGGGAAAGAGUGCAGCGACACCUGUAGUUUCCUCCUCAGACGUGAGUUUACGAGCCAUAUUGAACAUGCGUGCGGCGGAUUGCCCAAGGAAGGAUCUGACGUGAUCCCUCAGGCGGGUACCGCCAUAGGUAGUGCGCCACUCUUUACUAUGGACGACAUGCUUAGGGCGCUUUGGUUGCUCAUCAGUCGGCAAAAUUUAGCGCUCGAACACCUCCAAAACGGUAUCAUUCAGGCCCGUCUGGCGGAAGACAAGAAGCGAAGGUCCCCACUGCGAACCAGCCCCCACCUCGAAGAGGGGAGUGUAAGCGAUACGGACCCGAAUGUCAAGGAGGCCGCCUCGGAUAUGGAGGAAUGUCUCGAAAACACCAUCGUUGCCACCGUUUUGCAAUCACUGCUCGCGCCAGCGCAGUCUCGUUGGCAAGAAUUUUUGCGAAAUCGCAUUAACAAGCAGCGUGAAUUAGACUCCAACACCGAGAAGUCUGAAAAGACAGUGGUUAAUAAAGUGCAGCCAACUUGUAUUGGUCUUCCUACCAAAGAUGAGCUUUUGCAGUGCCUUCUGGAGGAGUUGAAUAAUGAGGCGACCCAGCUUCUCGUGAUAAAUACGUGGGGUAUUGAAGUGUGCGAUAGUGGUAUUGAUCCCUAUGGCCUAACAACGGUUUUCCCCCCCCACAUUCAGGUGCUCGCGCAGUAUCCCAACAUUGUUCCCGGCCUGCAGCGGUUGAAGCGGUACUUUUUGGAUCUCCAUCCCCAAUUCACAUCGAGUACGAUGAACCAGGCAAGUCGGGGUUGUUUGAUGGACCCUUCUCUCAUGAUUGCCGAGCACCAGCUAGAUCGUUUUUUGCAGGAUAAGGAUAAUAUGGCCACCGCGGCUAUUUUACGCGAAGGAGUGCACCCUUUUUUACGCCGAAUUGUCUACGCACGGGCUCUUGGCCUACGUCUGUCCGUCCGGGAGGGCGAUUCGAUCUGGGGUUCGAUGGACCAUCGGUCGGCGGUCUUGCUCCCGGCUUGCUUGAGCUUCGCGACCUCGGACGCGCGUGGGAUAAUGAGCCCGGGCCACGCCCAUUUCGCCCCUUCCAAAACCCCCAAAGAUGAUGCCGGGAUCGUGCAGGCUUUUCUACGUCAGGACGUCCUCCUGUCUGUCGGGGAUAGCGAUAAUUAUUUCACUUUUGUCGACGACGUCGAGGGGUUGGCCGCGGCGAUGGGGGUGGACCGACGGCUGCCGAACGUCGCGAUCCCGCAAACGCUCACGCAGUUGGGGCGGGCCGAUGACUCGUACGGGGAGGGGCUGGACGGCUAUACCCUGCGCCUUUCACCGCGUGAGGGCAGGUCGGGGCCGACGCCUUCGCCUCGUAUUUUAUUCCCGUUAGAGCUAUCGAGCCUGCUGAUCGCGCCCUUCGGAAACAUCACCGGCGAUAUUGUCGAGCAGUACGAACUAUUUACGGCGAUGUUUAGUCAGUUGUGGGUGCGUCUUCAGGGGCCCACACCGGAGCUCUUUCAGUGUUGUCUUAUUUUUGAGAAUUUGCUGGCCGAGUGCGCGCCAUCGGCGGCGAUCUACGCGGCGCACCUCCUGGAGGGCUCCCCAUUAAUCUUUUUAUUGUCGUGGAUGUCCGACGGCUUUGCAGGGGUGUUGGACCCUACCGACGUCCUCCUGCUCUGGGAUUGGCUGCUCGCAUACCACAUAAAGGAAAUGCAGCGCCGUAGUCUUCUUUCAAGCACGACCGGCCUGGCCUCUUCUCUGAGUGAAUAUACUGAAGAAAUCGAAAAUGGGAAUGAGAAUGAUUGUAAAAACCUUCCGCCGUGUGCCCUGUGGUUGUUACCCAUCCUGGCAGCGAGUAUAUUUAUUUUCCGCGCACCGCUGAUUCUUAAAUGUGAAUCUCGAAACGAGCUGGAGUCUCUUUUUGUCUCUGGGCGACAUAUACACUGCCGAACUCUCAUUCAAUCACUGCUUUUUACAGAAAUGCUUGGCUAA